AUGGCGAUGAGAAAAACGGUUCAUCUCAUUAGAUGUCUGGUCGUUGUUCUCCAGUUUGAAAUCAGUUUUAUGAAGCUAAAAUCUGCUUAUGGGGUUUACUCUACUGACAUGCAGGAGCUGUCUCAUCCAGAGCAGAGGUUGUAUGUAACCUCUCAGAACCACCAUCCCAGAGAGCGGAGGUGGACAUCUAGGCCCAGGUCUGGGGCUCCUGGCAGGACUGCAGAUAAGUGGGGCCGCUACAGAAACCAACACAACUCAGAGGAGUCAGAUUCAGAUGUGCUGACGGAGGACGAGCCCAGCAAUUCUACACAGAUCGCAGAUAUUGAUCAUGUCUACUACACAUCUAAAAUCUAUGGUCCUGGAGAUGCAGCUGGUAAAGAACUGUGGUUGAACAUCAGUAAGAUGGAGGAGGAUCAGCAGAAGGUCCGUGGCUUCCUGUCCAGCACUCACAGACAAGCUGAGAGAGUGACUCUUUCCUUUGACUUUCCUUUUUAUGGCCAUUUACUCAAAGAAAUCACAGUUGCAACCGGAGGUUUUAUUUACACUGGCGAUAUAAUCCAUCGGAUGCUUACAGCUACUCAGUACAUCGCUCCCCUGAUGGCGAAUUUUGACCCGAGUCUGUCCAAAAACUCAUCUGUGUUUUAUUUUGAUAAUGGCACUGCAUUGGUUGUUCAGUGGUACCGGCUUCACCUCCAGGACAACAUCAGUGCAGGAGCGUUCACUUUCCAGGCCGUUCUGCACAGUGACGGGCGGAUUGUCUUUGCCUACAAAGAGAUUCCUAUUGACAUCAGUGGCAUCAGCUCCGAGAAUCAUCCUGUCAAAGUGGGCCUGUCCGAUGCUUUUAUGGUGCUUCACGAGAUCGAGCAGAUUCCCAAUGCUCGUCGGAGAACCAUCUAUGAGUAUCACAAAGUCGACAUUCCAAUGUCAAAAGUCUCCAGCUCUACAGCUGUGGAGAUGCUUCCUCUCCCUACGUGUCUGCAGUUCUCCAGCUGUGGCCCAUGUGUCACUUCUCAGAUUGGCUUUAACUGCAGCUGGUGCAGUAAGCUACAAAGAUGCUCCAGCGGCUUUGAUCGUAACCGGCAGGACUGGGUUGACCUCGGCUGCCUGGAGGAGAGACGGGAUCUGCGAUGCCUCCGGAUGACAAAAGUCACAAAUGCCACAUCACAUCACCUGAGGCACAGAACCACUCCAGUUACUGUGUCUGCAGGGCAGCAGAGGACCUCUGGCAUGACCUCCACCAUCAAAACACCCACUGCCACUAACCCCUCAACACACAGUGGCACCAGCAGAAAAACAAAAUCACAUCCACAGCAUCCUACCAACAACUCUACUGAUGAUAAAAGUGAGACUGCUUUGCACAUCAAUGAAGCACCAGGAAAGGAGGAGACCCCAGGCAACACUGAUGAGGGGCUGCAGAUUCCUCUGCUGGUGGGCUUCCUCGUAGUGAUGGUCUUAAUGGCAGCAGCCCUCCUUACAUACGUAUACAUGUAUAACCACCCCACCUCCAGCGCCAGCCUCUUCUUCAUGGAGCGACGUCCAACCCACUGGCCAAUCCUGAAGUUCAGGCGAGGCUCAGGUCGCCCUUCGUACGCUGAGGUGGAAGCUCCCGGUCAGGACAGAGACAGCAUGGUGGUCAUCGAUCCCAAACAGUCUUUUGUGAUUGCAGACAGACGAGAGAGUGAACAGAAAGAAGGAUUCAUCAUUCCCGAUCAGAGGGAGCGCUUCCUAAGCUCAGAGAGCUCCUGACCAAAACUGCAAAUCCCACCAUGCUUUGGGACAGAGCUGGUUCUCUAAGGACAUCUUCUUCCUUUCUCAGAUGCUACAAUUUAUUUUUAUUUAGCUGUUGCACAAGUUUACUUCAAGGACAACAGUUGAGUAUUCAGAAACACAAAAACACCAAACCUCUAUGAGGAAAUUGUUACAAUUAUUUUUAUGGACCAGUUUUGCUUCAUAUUUGAAUCCAUUUAUAAAGCAUAAAGGUUUACUCUGCUCAGGUCAUCCAAUCAUCUUUACUGCAGCACCACAAAGAGUGAGAGGUGAUGCUGCUGAAUGGUUUAAUGUGCGUUCAAAGACAGCUUUAGGACUGCUGUCCUUCCCACACCUUCUUCACAAAGAGGAAUGUCAUAUUUAGGUGUCACUUCCUCUUCUCAAAAAAUACAGACUAAAUUCCUCACCGUUACACCCACAUCCACCCGAGAGGGAAAACAGGAUGCACAGUGUUUUCAGCCCUGUUUAUCACAGAGUCUAACAUUUACACACUGCAGCAACUUUGCUUAUUUUUCUUUAUUUUCUGUACUUAAAAGGCAGAAAACAACAUUUACUGAUUGCUUUGC